ACGAGCGCGUCUUCUAGAACCUCAAGAACACAAACAGAACCUUGAAAAGUUAACAAGUGUUCUGUUUUAACUUGCACUACUUCUUCUUCUUCUCUUUCAUCCUACUUCCUUGUUUAUUGUGAGUGUUCGCCUCAUCGAGUUCUCGCUCACUUCCGGUUUCCUUCCUCCGUCUUCUCUGAACACAUAAACCGCUUUGUUAACUUUUACGAUAUACUUUUAUUACUACAAUGCUAUAUUACAUGUAUUCUGACACUUUAUAGUUUAUGUUCAUUGUAUAUUUACAGUUUGUCCCUUCAAUAAGGCGGCUUAAGGCGUCGAGUUGCACUUACUAAACAUGACCACAAGAUGUCGGUGUAACCCCGCCUCGUCUCUAAAACUAUUUCCGGGUGUCAGAGUUUGUUAUUUACAAAUUACGAUUACACUCACGUGAUGAUUUACCCCGCUCAUAAGAUUUUUUAUUUAUUUAUUUUAUUUAUGAUUUUUUAACCAAUUGUUUUUUAAAAGGAACAAAUAGACUUACACAUUUGAAUGAGUAAAGUUCUUUAUUGUCAUUGCUUUCAUACAGACAAUUAAAUACAACUUAGCGGCAUCAUUUCAAAACAAUUAAAAAAAUAAAAACUAGGCUCCAGCGCCCCCCGCGACCCCGAAGGGAAUAAGCGGUAGAAAAUGGAUGGAUGGAAAACUUCUACAUGAAAGUAUGCAAUAUAGAAACACGUGACUCGCCUCUGAGACCACCUGAUCGGAAUUGGCGCGGCAAUCAUCCAAACGAAAGGGGGCGCUAAAGGCUAAAAAAUAAAUAAAUAGAUGCGUGACGUCACACGGAACGGCCAUGACGUCAUACAUUAAGUCAAAACCACCCCCCUUUUUAACAUAUGACGUAAUUCCACCUGUUUUGUCCUCCUUAAGCUCCUCCUCAUGCGGGUGGGCGAUACUGCCAUUUCGGUGUCGACUCGAUACCAAGUAACGAUACGGAUACCGAUCCACGUCACUCAAUACUCGUUUCUCUCGAAUCUAUUGAUAAUGACUAUGAGCCGAAGAAAAUACCUUCCAAGCGAGCAAUUUGAGCUCGGUGUCGAUGCUACCGAUAUUAGGUUCGAUCCGCCCCCCCCCCCCAGCCCCUCCCCUCCACAAUCUCUCUCUCUACCUGUCUCUCUCCCCUCCUCCCUCGGUCCUCUUCCCGCUCCUCCUCCCUCUCGGUGCGGACAUGCUCCGGGUCGUGAGGAGAUGAGGUUCCGAAAUGCCUCCUUCUUGACGCUGCUGUUGUUCGGACUGUGCGGGCUGGUCUCGCUGUCCUGGUACACCGCCUUCAGCAGCUCCAGAGGAGAUGUGGUGGACAUCUACCAGAGAGAGUUCCUGGCCUUGAGGGAGCGUCUGCACUCGGCCGAGCAGGAGAACCUGCAGCGCUCCAAGGAACUCAACGUGGUCCUGGAGGAGAUCAAGCGGGCCAUCGCGGAGAAACAAGCGCUGAGGGACAUCAACAGGACCUGGAGCAGCCUCUCUGAGGAGACCCGGUUGAAGUUGUGGAACGUGAGCAGCAGUAAAAACUUCUUGCAACUUCCUUCAGUCCUCCAUCAUCUUCCCCACCUGAUCCACAGAGAAGACAGUCUGCAGCCCGCCGUGCACGUGGGCCAGGGACGCACUGGAGUCUCCAUAGUGAUGGGCGUUCCCAGCGUGAAGAGGGAGGUCCACUCCUACUUGACGGACACACUCAACUCACUGAUGUCGCAACUCAGCGCCACCGAGAAGGACGAUUGCGUCAUCGUGGUCCUCAUCGCUGAGGCGGACCACGAGUACGCCAUGAGUGUGGCGGACAACAUGAAGCAGCUUUUUCCAGUAGAGAUCCAGUCCGGUCUGUUGGAGGUGGUGUCUCCAUCGGUGCACUUCUAUCCAGACUUCUCACGCCUCAGAGAGUCUUUUGGAGACCCCAAAGAGAGAGUGAGGUGGAGGAGCAAGCAGAACCUGGACUACUGCUUCCUGAUGAUGUACGCUCAGUCCAAAGGCACCUACUACGUCCAGCUGGAGGACGACAUCGUGGCGCGGCCCAACUACUUGACCACCAUGAAGAACUUCGCUCUGCAGCAGCCUUCGGAGGAGUGGAUGAUUCUGGAAUUUUCUCAGCUCGGCUUCAUCGGUAAGAUGUUCAAGUCCUCAGACCUGUCCCUCAUCGUGGAGUUCAUGUUGAUGUUCUACAAAGACAAGCCCAUAGACUGGCUCCUGGACCACAUCAUGUGGGUCAAAGUUUGCAACCCCGAGAAGGACGCGAAACACUGCGACAGACAAAAAGCCAACAUGAGGAUCCGCUUCAAGCCGUCCCUCUUCCAGCACGUGGGCACACACUCCUCCCUGGCCGGGAAAAUCCAGAAACUCAAGGACAAGGACUUUGGCAAGCAGACCCUCCACAAGGGCCACGCCAACCCCUUGGCCGAGGUGACCACCAGUCUGAAGACCUACCAGCACUUCACGCUGGACAAGGCCUACCUUGGAGAGGACUUCUUCUGGGCCUUCACCCCUGUGGCCGGGGACUUUGUACGCAUCCGCUUCUUCACACCCGUGCGCAUCGAGAGGUACUUCUUUCGCAGCGGGAACAUCGAGCACCCGGGAGACAAACUCUUCAACACGUCCGUAGAAGUUCUCCCUUUCGAUAACAUCCAGGCAGACAAAGAAGUCCUGGCGGACGGGAAGGAGAGGAGCCAACAGUACCAUCGCACGGAGGACGGCUUCAUCAGAAUCGGAAUGUUCCAGAAGGGCAUUGCCGAGGGGGAGGUGGAUCCCACCUUCGGGCCCUUGGAGGCCAUGCGCCUCACCGUGAUGACCGACUCCCCGGUUUGGAUCAUCCUCAGUGAGAUCUUCAUCAAGAAGGCGGAGUGAGGGUCCUCCUGCUCAGUCAACCUCCGCCUGAUCGCUUCCCCACCACGGUGCGACGGCGCCGCCCUCUGGUGGAGCUUUGCCACUGCAAGUCAGACAAGACAGAAAACGGCGAGGCGCCCGUCUGACAGGUGUUCUCUGCGAAACCACCGCCAUGGCUUAAGCGGGACCUUCUCAAGACGGAGGCCGGUUUGCGGCGGAGACGUGGACAUGCGUGGUGGAGGAUCAACAAGAUGGCGUGUGCCUUUUUUUUUGAAGGGCUGCUGUGGGGCCCCGGGGGAGCCCGGAGACAUCCUGCAGACGUCCUGCCUGUCAAUAAGACGUGCUCCUCAUGAGAUCAUGGCGGAAGUCAGAUGCUAUCUGCUCCGCUUCGGGCGGAGAGCAUCACGUGACACCCGCUCUCAAUAAACACUUUGUACUGGUGCUCCAUGCCGCCAGGACCUUUCUGCUCUUUUCUUGGCCACUUUCCUGUCACGUCAACAGUAAAAUAGGAAUUAUUACAUGAAGGGUCUGCACAUUGGUGUUCUUCUUCUGGGAGAUGUUCUCCACCAAAUAAUUAGCUUUAAAGUAGUAAAAAAAACACGUUGCCUUUAUAUUGAAGCUGUUAUCAUAUACAGUCGUGGUCAAAAGUUUGCGUACACUUGUAAAGAACAUAAUGUCA